UCCCCUGCCUCUGCCCUGGAACAUGGCCAGGCCAGCAGGGGUGGGGGUGGCAGCUGUCACCCAGCACAGGCGCCAGGUGCCCCUUCCCACGGGCGUCAAGUGACGGCCGGCACUCUGUGCACAGACACAAGCUGGCAGGACGGCAACCAGGAUGCGGACGUGGGGUCUCCUCAGCGCCUGGGUCAGCCUCUCGGUGGCUUUUUACUUCCACGCAGGCGAGCGGGAGGAGCGGUGCCUGAUCGAGGAUAUCCCAGGGGACACGCUGAUCACAGGUGUUUUCAAGGUGCAGCAGUGGGACACACGCAGACAUGAUUUUCUGGACUUGGCCCCCGGAUUGGGCAUGUUCGUGACUGUCACAACCUACAAUGACGAGGUGUUACUGUCAAAGUUAUAUGGCCCACAAGGAACAUUCUAUUUUACAUCACACUUGCCUGGUGAGCACAUCAUUUGUUUAGAAUCAAAUUCAACCAGGCUGGUGUCGUUCAGUGGGAGUCAGCUGCGGAUCCAUUUAGACAUCCGAGUGGGAGAGCAUGACUUGGAUGCAGCCAUCAUGCAGGCGAAGGACAAGGUCAAGGAAGUCAGCUUCAAGCUGGAACAUCUGCUGGAACAAGUGCAGCACAUAGUCAAGGAACAGAACUACCAACGGGACCGUGAGGAGCAGUUCCGGACGGCCAGUGAAGACACCAACAGCAACGUGCUGUGCUGGGCUUUCAUGCAGACGCUGCUCUUGGUCGCAGUGGGGAUUUUCCAAGUGAAGCGCCUUAAGGACUUUUUCAUAGCCAAGAAGCUUGUUUAAAAUAAUGAGAAAGGGCACCGCAGCAGUUAGUGCGCAAGUUCGAGCCCCCGUCCCCACCUGCAGAGGGAAGCUUCACCAGCGGUGGAGCAGGGCUGCCAGUGUCUCUCUCCCUCUUCCCUUCCAUCUCUGUCUCUAUCCAAAAUAAAAACCAGUGGAAAUAAGAGAAGAAAGACCAGCAAGCACCUGCUGAGGUGCAGCCUAAGCAGCACCAGACAGCGGCUCACACGCGGUGGGUGACUGGCC